AUGUAUUCAAGAUCAAGAAGAAUUGUGGAAUUAGUGACAGAGAGAAUAGAAUCAGUUAUUUUUGAAGCCGAUGAUGAAAGUAGUGAUGAUAUAAUAGACAGUGUUAGUGAAAACCGUGAUGCAAAAUUUCAGCCGGAACAGGUCACUUCUUCAUCAGAAGACUCCGAAGUAGAUCCAUCUGCUACAAAUAACAAUAUUAUUGUAAAUUCGCUCAGAGGACGCGGGGUAUCUCGUAGAUUCAUUAGCGGUGGACGUACAACGCGUGGUGGAGGUUCAGCUAGGACAUCUUCAGUACCAGAAGACGGUAUGUUACAAGUAGCAAGUGACGGCACAGAGUGGACUUUUAUUUCUCCAGACACUAGUGUAGUAGAAUGUCGUAGUUAG